AUGCCUUCAACUACUCAAACAGACGACAAUGAUUCCAUAAUAUCGAAAAAUUGGGUUUGGGUACCUAACCAACCCGACUUGUUCACAAGAGGUUAUAUUUCUGAAUACUUGCCUGAUGGUAAAUGUAAAGUCAAUAUAGUGAAGGGACAAGAUUCAACAUCAACUAGUAGUACUAUAACAAUUGAUCAAAAAAUCUUGGAGAAUUGUAACCCUACAAAAUUCAACAAAUGUGAAGACAUGGCAGAGUUAACCCAUUUAAAUGAACCUUCAGUCGUUUACAAUUUAUAUCUUCGAUAUUUGGAUGAUUUGAUCUAUACAUAUUCUGGGUUGUUUCUUGUUGCUAUCAAUCCUUAUAAACUGUUGCCCAUCUAUAAUCAAGCUAUUCUUAAGAAAUACCACGAUUUCAAACCUGAUGGAUCAAGUUCAAGCGGUUUGAAGAGCCAACCGUCUCCUCAUAUCUUUGCUAUCGCCGAAUCCACUUUUAGAAAUUUGUUGAGUAAUAGGAAAGAUCAAAGUAUUCUAGUGACUGGGGAAAGUGGUGCCGGUAAGACUGAAAACACCAAAAAAAUUAUACAAUAUUUAUCUUCAAUCACCAAUGAUGAUGGUGGACAAGAAUCAAACAUUGACGUAAAGAUUUUACAGGCAAAUCCAAUAUUAGAAAGUUUUGGUAAUGCAAAGACCAUUAAAAAUAACAACUCAUCAAGAUUUGGGAAGUUUAUUCAAAUUUAUUUUUCUCAUGACAAUAAAGAGGAGAUAACAGGUGCAAAUAUUGAUUAUUAUCUUUUGGAGAAAUCAAGAGUUAUUAGCCAGGCAAGUCAAGAAAGAAAUUAUCAUGUAUUUUAUCAAUUCUUAAAAGGUUAUGAAAAUUUAUCUAGUUUGGGGUUGAACAAGGACUUGUCAACUUAUGGAUAUCUUAAAUCCGGACAAAUGACUAUUGCUAAUGUAGAUGAUUUCAAGGAAUUUAACUUAUUGGUUGAAGCUUUCAAGAUUAUGGGAUUCAGUGCUAGCGAGACUAAUUUCAUUUACCAAGUGUUGGCCAUUAUUUUGCAUUUAGGGAAUUUGGAUUUCACAUCAUGGAAGUCAGAACAAGCCAAUUUCACACCUGAUUCUCCUAUAGAGAAAAUUUCCGAAUUACUAGGAAUCGACAAUGGCAAAUUAGUUGAAAAUUUGUUAAGACCAAAAGUCAAGGCAGGUCGAGAAUUUGUCACCAAAUCCAAGAAAGCCAGUGAGGCUAAAUUUGCUAUCGACGCAUUUUCCAAAUAUUUAUACGAAAAGUUGUUUCAGUUUAUUAUUUCCAAGAUCAAUGAAAACUUGUAUAACCAAGAGAACACCAACGGUAAUUUCAUUGGCGUUUUGGAUAUUGCUGGUUUUGAAAUCUUUGACAUUAAUUCAUUUGAACAAUUAUGCAUUAAUUAUACCAAUGAAAAAUUACAACAGUUUUUCAACCAUCAUUCAUUUAUCUUAGAGCAAAGUGAAUAUUUACGUGAAAAUAUCAAUUGGGAAUUUAUUGACUUUGGUCAAGAUUUACAACCUACAAUUGAUUUAAUUGAAACUCGACAGCCAAUGGGUAUAUUGAAAUUGUUAGAUGAAGAGUGUUUGAUGCCAAAAUCAUCUGAUCAAUCCUUCAUGGAGAAAUUAAAUGCUAAUUUCACAGGAAAAAACCACAAAUUCUCACAAAACAAGUUCAAGAGUGGCUUCAUAAUCCAUCAUUAUGCCGGAAAAGUUGAAUAUAAUGUUGACAACUGGUUACAGAAAAAUACUGAUCCAAUUAGUGAAAACAUUUUGGCGUUAUUACCUGAAUCAACAAACCAAUUUAUUGCAGAAAUGUUUAGCAAUGAUCCACACUUGGUCCAACAAACCAACCAACGAAACUCUAAAUUGAAGACAGCGUCUCAAAAACACAAGGAUCAAUUGAAGGUGCUUAUGGAUCAAUUGGAAUCGACUGAACCUCAUUUUGUUCGUUGUAUCUUACCCAAUUUAGAAAAGAGAGCAAAUAAGUUUGAUAAAAACUUAGUCCUUGGUCAAUUACGAUGCAAUGGUGUUCUUGAAGGGAUCAGAAUUACACGAGCAGGAUACCCUAACAGAAUGAUGUUUGAUGAAUUUAUUUCAAGAUAUUCUAUUAUAUGUGAGAAGGAGGUAUUUAGCAAGAAUAGUAAAACUACCAGUGAGAUCAUUCUUAAGAAUGCCAAGUUAGAUCCAGAUACAUACAAGGUGGGGAUUACCAAGAUUUUCUUCAAGAAUGGUAUUUUGGGACAAUUGGAAGUUCUACGAGAUUUGAGUUUAAAGAGUAUUUUCACUGACUUGCAAAGAGCCAUAAGAGGUAAUUUGGCAAGAGCAACUCUUAAACAACAAAUAAAAGAAAUUCAAUCUGCCCAGAUCAUUGCCAAGACAAUGAAGAUUUUGGAUGAAGUGAAGGAGACGUCUCCGUGGAUGAAUUUGUUUUUCCAGAUCAAACCAUUGUUGGAAGAUUCAGUCAAAGUUUUGGAUUCUAAAGAGAUGCAAGAGAAUUUAAAGAAUAUGACUGUCAAACUCAAAGAUACAGAGAAAUUAAAGAAUGGCUUGGAGAAGGAUAAUGAAAAGCUACGUGAACAAUUGAAUAAAUUGGAAGACGAGAUUAUUGCAAUCAAUGGAACUAUUAAAGACAAAGAUGACCAAAUGUCUAGAUUAAAGAUUGAGCAUGCGAAAUCACACAAGAUGGUUGAAACUCUUGAAACGAAGAUCAAAGAUUUCCAACAAGCUAACGAAGAAUUGGUUAAUGAAAGGGAGAAAUUGACUAAUAGAUCUUUGGACCUUCAUGAUCAACACAAUAAGAAAGUUGAAGAAUUAACUGAGUUGAAUAAGUUACAUGAAGUUGCUCAAGAAGAGUUAGCUAAAUUAAAGGACAAGCUUGCUAAUGUAAGCAAAUUAGAAAAAGAUCACCAACAAGAGUUGAAAAGUGUUAGAGAACAGCAUGAUAAAUCUAUUCAUGAAUCAACUUUGAAGAAUUCACAAUUGGAAGAAUUGACAAAGAAGUUAAAGUCUGAUUUGUCAUCUCAUGAGAAAUUACUUCCUGAACACAAAUCAUUGAAACAAGAGAUCAAGAAGUUGAAGGGUUUGAUAACUGAAAGUGAAUUCAAAUAUGCCAACCAACAAAACACUAUUACAUCCUUGCAGUCUCAAUUGACAAAAGAUGAAAGCAAAAAGGUCAAAUACGAAGGCAAGAUUGAAGAAGCCAAGGAAAAAGUUUCAUUAUUGAAAGCCAAACUUGAAAAGAAAUCAGCUGAACUUGACGAUUAUAAAAAACAAGUGAAGCAAUUGAAAGCCGAUUUAGCUGCUGUUAACACUAAACUCGGUGAGCACGAUGAAUUAAAACAACAAUUGAGUAGUUUGAAAUCAGAUGAAUCUAAACGUCUUGAUGAAUUGGCGUCAUACAAACAAAAAUUGUCCAAUGCCUUAAACGACCAGAAAUCGAUUGAGUCUCAGUUUAACACUCUCAGAGUUGAAUGCGAUGAUUUGAAAAAGACCAAGGCAGAGUAUAGUAACAAGAUUCAUUCUUUGACUUCACAAAUCAAUCAAAUCAAUCAGGACAUUAAACAGAAGGAAUUGGAAAAAGAAAAUCAACCACCAGAUCCACAAAUAAUGGAAGAAUACACUCAUAUGAAGAUAAAACUCAAUGAACAAAGUGCCACCUUGAGGAAAGAGAAAUUUGAAAACAAGAAGUUAACAGAGGAGUUACAAUUAAUUAAGGAGAGAAUCAUGUCUGGUUCUUUAACUAGUAUGGAUUUAACUCCUAAAAGAAGAUCCUUGGCAAUUGGUGAAAGAUCAAUCAUUACUAGUAACGUUGACUUUUUGAACCAAGAAGUUGAAAAUUUGAAGUUUCAAGUACGUCAAGAAGUGGCAAAUUUCCAAAGAGCCGAAAACUAUGCUAUUGAAUUACAAAAGAAGUUGAACAAGUUGAUGGCUACUAGAGGCAUCAAUAGUGCAACAGAUUAUGAAAAGAAGUACAAGGAGUCUCAAGAUAGAAUUCACAAGUUGGAAAGCAAGAUUGAAGGGUUAAUCACUGCUGAUGACAGUUUUAAUGACAGUAUGACUUCCAAUUCAUCUAGACAUUCCUUAAUCAGAAGCGAUAGUUUUAACAACAGCUUAAAAGGUGUGAGUCAAGAAUAUGUUCAAAUUUAUCAAGAUGUCACAAAAACUUUGAAGUCUACUCGUGAAGAAUUGAGUGUUUCUAAAUCGGAGAUUUUGAGAUUGAAAGCUUUGUUGAGAGAAUCCGAAGAUGAAUUAUACCAAGUUAAGCAAGAAAAUUACAAAACCUCAGUGAAUGACUAUGAGCAGGAUUUGGCACAAUUAAAAGUAAAACACGAGACUUUAUUAUCUCGUAAUAGAGACAUUUCUGAAAGCUUGGAGGUCUACAGGAAACGUGCUGAUGAGUAUUACAACAAAUUGGAAAUGGCUGAAGCUGCUGUUAAACUUUCUAAAAAGAAUGAGGCUUCUGCUGUUGAAGAAAUGAAAGAGAUGAGAAAUCAAUUGAUUUUAACCAAAGAAGAAUGUCGUACUUCCCAGAUUUUGAUUAAAGAUUUUAGAAUCAAGAUUGGCAAAUUUGAAGAACAGAUUGUUGUGAAGGAUCAAAUGUUGCAGUCAUCUAAAGAAGAAAUCCAGUCCCUCAAGGAUAAAUUAAAUUAUCAUUUGAGUAAUUACGAGAAUAAAGAAUUAACAGAGAAAUAUAAAGAAGAGAUUAGGAACUUAAACAAGGAGUUAAAUUUCAAGAUUGACAAUGAAACAAAGUUGAUUAAAGAGACCAAGAAGUUACAAUUGGACUAUGAAGAUGCAAUAUUGGCUAAGGAUAAUUUGACCAAGGAAUUGGAGGACCUGGUGUUGCGUGAAGAGAGAUUAGAAUUACGUAUCGACGAGUUGUCUAACAAUUUAAGAACAUUGGAGAAUGAAAAUGUAAUUAAUGAUAGAAAAAUCGUCAAUUUCAAUAGACAAGUUUCUGGUUUGAAACAACUUAUUGAAGAAAUAUCCACAGAAAGAGAUCGUAUCUUGAAAGAAAAGGCUGAAUUAUCCAACGAACUAAACAAAUUGAGUACUAAACAUGAUAGAACUACCACUGACUUGAAGCAAACUCAAGCUGAGUUGGCAUUUAUCAAGCAACAUUUGGAAAACCAACGUGAAGAUUCUGAAGCCAUCAAAUCUGAACUCAAUCAAUCCAAACUUUCCACAACUUCUGAUUAUCGAGAACAACAAAAGAUCCGUCAUGAAUUAUUGGUCACUAAAGAAGAAAACUUCAGUCUUCUGAAGACCAAUAAAGAAUUGAAUGAUAAAGUUGAAAGUUUGGAAGAGAAAUUAUACAGUAAUGAACAAUUGAAGUAUUUGGAAAGUAAAGUCAAGUCUUUAACAAAAUCUUUGGAUUCUGCCACUGUUGAAAAGAAUGAGGAUGAAAAGAAUAUCAAGAAUUUGGAAAGACAAGUUAAGAACUUGGAAAUUAGACUCGAAAAUGAAUCUAGUUUGAGCAAACGUUAUAAUGAUGAGAAUUUCGAUUACCAGAAUAAAGUCAAUCAUUACAAAAGUACAAUUGAUAUUUUACAUAAUGAGAAUUUGGAAAAAGAUUUACAAUUAAAAGGUAUUCAAAGAGAAAAUAUUGAAAUCAAAGAAACGAUGUUGAUGUUGCAAAAAGAAGUUUUAGAAUUACGUGAGAAAUUACGUGUAUAG